ACGGGACGGAAGCUUCUAGCGCUCGUGGAAACAGAGUCGUCGACGGGGACAGGGCAGAGCAGCAGAACGGGAAUGGAGGAGGAGGGUUCUGCUCUGUGAUCAUCUGGCGCUAAAGUGGCAAUUUGAUCAAUUGGCCGGAAGGGCCGGAGGGAUGUGAAGGCGAUUCUUUGCGAGCCGAUCGUGUGGAUCGAUCGCAGGUGUUGGUUUUUUCUGGUGGUGGAAUUGGGGAAUUGGGAAUUACCGUGAGUGGCGAGGUUUUGCGACACUGGGGGAGUUCGGAAGUCGGACUUCUGCAGCUGCUGGCUGAUCGUCCGGGGAAUUUGGCAUUAGAGAAGGGCGGAGUGAAAGCAGUAGAGUGUGAGCUGAGAAGAGUGCUGGGCAAUUUGCCGGGGAAUCGCGAGGUGUGUGGGUGGCUGAAAUAGAAUUUUGAUUGGUGGAAUUGAGAGGGAUUAGAUGCUGGCCGUCGUUGCUCCAACCAUUUACGGGCGGAGUGCGUCGGCUCUGCGGAGAGUCACUCGCCCGCUUGGCGUAGGGGCACAAUGUAGAGAAUCGGUUGGACUUGAUCUGCCACCACUUCUUGCGCUAUGGAAUUCUGUCAAAGCUAGGUCCUCCUUUGGCCCCAAUUCCGCACCUCAGUGGGGCCGUCUGCUCUCAUCAGCGUCUGGUGAAUCCGGGGAUGGAUCGGACAAGUCUGACAAAGCAUUUAAAGAGGGUGAAGGCCUUUUGCCGUCAGAGAACGAAAUUGCACCAGAAGAUGGCUCGAAAGGUACUGGAGAAAAUGGACCGGGCGAAGGAAACAAAGGAGGGAAAAAAUUCUUUGACAGGUUGAAUCCCUUCAAAAGGUCUGUUUCAGAUAAAGAGCCAGAGGAGUCUACAGCUGAAAAGGAACCAGUAGAGGUGCACGCAGCCGAGAGAGAUAGCGCGGAUAAUUCCUCCACAGAUGACGAACCCGUUGUUUCGGCCGCAAUUGUCCCGAACAGUCCCAGGCCGGAAAAUUUUCCCAAGGUCGUUGCUAUACCCUUGACAAGAAGACCACUUUUCCCUGGCUUUUACGUUCCCUUCUCCACUAAGGACACCAAGUUGGCCGCAAAGCUUAUGGAGUUAAGAAUGCGUGGAACUCCUUGGGUUGGCACAUUUCUUGUUAAAGACGGCAGCCGCAAGAACAAAGAUCCUGUGCCAUUUCCAGGUGGAGAUGGAGACAAGGACGAUGAGGAGCUUCAUGGGGAAGAACUGUACAAGUCUCUACAUGAGUAUGGGACUUUUGCACAGAUCACAAAUGUGUUCAGAGCGGUUGAUGGUGGAGAAGGUGUUUCACAGUUUCUGCUCAUGGGACAUCGCCGUUUGAGGCUCACAGGAGUAGUGGAAGAUGAUCCCCUCUCCGUGACUGUUGAGCAUGUCAAGGACAAGCCAUAUGAUGGCAGUCAGGAUGUAAUAAAGGCAACUGUGAUGGAAGUGGUUACAACAAUGAAAGACCUUAUUCGGCUCAAUCCUUUGUACAAAGAACACAUACAGCUCUUCAUCCAGCACAUGGGCGAAUUCAACGCAUCCAAACUUGCCGAUUUUGGAGCUGCUUUGACCACUGCAGACGAGCCUUCUUUGCAAGAGGUUCUUGAAGAGCUGGAUGUAACAAAACGUUUGUAUAUGACGUUAACGUUGCUGAAGAAAGAGCUGGAGCUCAGCAAGCUUCAGGCAUCGAUUGCUAGAGGAGUGGAAGAGAAAAUUAGUGGAGAGCAACGCCGUUUCUUUUUAAUGGAGCAGUUAAAAGCUAUCAAAAAGGAGCUGGGCCUAGAAACUGAUGACAAGACAGCAUUAACAGUGAAGUUUAGAGAAAGGCUCGAAUCCCGCCGGCAAGGGUGCCCGGCGCAUGUUCUUCAAGUAAUAGACGACGAGCUGAAUAAACUACAAGGACUGGAAUCCAGCUCUAGCGAAUUUAACGUCACACGAAACUAUCUGGACUGGCUUACAUCCUUACCAUGGGGUCAAUACAGUGAGGAGAAUUUCGAUGUGGGACGAGCGCAAGAAAUUCUAGAUGCCGAGCACUAUGGAUUGGCAGAUGUUAAAGAAAGGAUAUUGGAAUUCAUUGCAGUCGGAAAGCUUCGUGGAUCUGCUCAAGGAAAGAUUAUUUGCCUUGCGGGUCCACCUGGAGUUGGGAAAACAAGCAUUGGGCGAUCAAUAGCCCAUGCGCUAAACAGACAGUUCUAUAGAUUUUCUGUCGGAGGUUUAGGUGAUGUUGCUGAAAUCAAGGGACACCGGAGGACAUAUGUGGGAGCUAUGCCUGGGAAGAUGGUACAAUGUUUGAAAGCAACUGGCACAGCCAAUCCACUGGUUUUGAUUGACGAGAUAGAUAAGCUGGGACGUGGACAUACAGGAGAUCCAGCAAGUGCGCUCUUGGAACUGUUAGAUCCUGAACAAAAUGCCAACUUUCUUGACCACUACCUAGAUGUCCCGAUUGAUCUGUCAAAGGUACUCUUCGUAUGUACAGCGAACGUUGUGGAAAGUAUUCCGGGACCUCUUCUGGAUAGAAUGGAAGUCAUCAGAUUAGUGGGUUACAUCACAGACGAGAAAAUGCAUAUUGCUCGUGAUUACCUGGAGCGCGCUGCCCGUGAGGGCUCUGGAGUAAAGCCAGAACAAGUGGAAGUUACAGAUGGUGCUCUUCACACAUUGAUAGAAACCUAUUGCCGUGAGGCAGGAGUGCGAAAUCUUCAGAAGCACAUUGAGAAAAUAUAUCGAAAGAUUGCACUGAAGUUGGUCAGAAGUGAUCUUUUGAAGAAUGGAAAAAUCAACAACUCUAACGUGCUUGCCGAGAGCGCAAGUGGAACAGAAUCGAAUGGAGAAAGAAUUAUAGAAGAGCUACUAGACAGCGGAGAAGUUGCAACCUUGAAAUCAACAGAUUCAGCCACAACCCUGUCUGAAGAUGGUGAAUCUGAGACUUCGAAAGUUACAAAGAAAAAUGAGGAAUCGACUCCCAUAGAAGCUUUGUAUGUUGAUGAUUCAAAUCUUGCUGACUACGUCGGCAACCCGGUAUUUCAAAGUGACCGACUCUACGACCAGACUCCUCUUGGUGUUGUGAUGGGUCUCGCUUGGACUGCUAUGGGAGGCUCCACUUUGUAUGUCGAGACCAGGGUGAUAGAACAGAACGCAGGCAAAGGCUCGCUUCAAAUGACGGGGCAACUGGGUGAUGUCAUGAAAGAAAGUGCGACUAUAGCACAUACAGUGGCCAGAGCAAUUUUGCGCGAAAAGCAGCCCGAUAAUUCGUUCUUUUCAGAUUCUAGACUGCACCUGCAUGUUCCUGCAGGUGCUACUCCGAAAGACGGACCAAGUGCGGGGUGCACUAUGAUCACGUCGAUGUUAUCAUUGGCUAUUGAUAAACCAGUGAGAAGAGAUGUUGCCAUGACUGGAGAGGUUACCUUGACAGGGCGUGUCCUUCCGAUCGGCGGGGUAAAAGAGAAGACAGUAGCAGCCAGGAGGAGCGGUGUCAAGGUUGUCAUCUUUCCCAGUGCCAACCAACGCGAUUUUGACGAGCUUCCAGCUCAUGUGAAAGAAGGUAUCGAAGUUCAUUUUGUUGACAAUUACAGCGAAAUAUUCGAUAUCGCAUUUUGCGAACGCCAGUCACAGGCGGGUGAUAACUCACCGCAGGCUGCCGAGGUCGUGCAAUCCGUAGACGUUUCACCCAUGUCCGUGAAACAUUUCUACAGUUUCUGAGACUCGUUAGUUCAGAUCGAUCAUUAUCGAAAUUCUUUUAGUGCUGUAACCAUUACACGCUUGUAGCUCUCCCACAUCUGGUGUCUGCUAUAAGCGAGGAGCACGAGAAAUAUUCUGGUGUAGGCUCUAGUUUCUGCUGUCGUCGAACCAGAAUCGGAUUUGUAGUUUUGAUUUAGAAAUGAGCUGUGCGCACAUUUUUAUUCUAUAAAUUAAUCAUGAAGGAGAAGGUCAAGCGAU